CUCGCGCCCCACCAAUCUGCCCCAUCCCCUGAAGCCUUUGGGUCUACAUGCAACUUCCCCUCCCCCUCGACUCCUCGACUCCUCAAGAUGACUUGCCCAUUUGAGUUACACAGCGCAUAUUUUCUUUCUUUGACACAUCACCGUCGCUAUUCUGCCUUGGGGGUCAUUUUGAUCUUUUCUUUUUAUGCUACCCCUUGGAGCUACAUCGCCCCAUUAGUUUCAUUAGAAGUUUGGUCGACGUAGUAGUUUUGCAAGCCGUCUUCCUUUCUUGGGGGUUUAUUAUUAAAUAGUAUCCCGUCCCAUCACAUCGUCCAUAAGCUUCGCUUAUUAUCCGUUCAUCUAGUCGUCUCCCGUCAGCUUUGUCGUCAUUAUAUCUAUUAACGAUCGGCUUUCUUCUUUGAUACUUAGAUACCGGUUCCAUUGUUAAAGAGGUCCAUCGAUUCCCGAUUGGAUUAUUGCCGUCCUUUGCUUUAACCAGACACAACGUCGAACCGAUUCUUGUCGCAACCCAAUUCGAGUAACCAAGCCCAUAUUAAGCGCAAAACCACAGAUAAUCUCCUAGAAUAAGAGCGACCCUGAAGCUUAACUUCCAUCAUGUCCGACCUACAAGGACGCAAAGUCUUCAAGGUUUUCAACCAAGAUUUUAUCGUCGAUGAACGGUAUACCGUCACCAAGGAACUAGGACAAGGAGCGUACGGUAUUGUUUGCGCUGCAGUAAACAACCAGACAAACGAAGGUGUGGCCAUCAAGAAGGUCACCAAUGUCUUUAGCAAAAAGAUCCUAGCUAAGCGCGCCCUGCGCGAGAUCAAGCUCCUACAACACUUCCGAGGUCAUCGCAACAUCACAUGUCUUUACGAUAUGGACAUUCCUCGACCGGAGAACUUUAACGAGACAUAUCUAUACGAAGAACUAAUGGAAUGCGACUUGGCUGCUAUCAUUCGUUCCGGACAGCCCCUUACCGACGCCCACUUUCAAUCAUUCAUCUACCAGAUCCUUUGCGGCUUGAAAUACAUUCACUCGGCAAACGUCCUACACCGCGACCUGAAGCCGGGAAACCUACUUGUCAAUGCUGAUUGCGAACUGAAGAUUUGCGACUUUGGUUUGGCCCGUGGCUUCUCGGUUGACCCUGAGGAAAACGCCGGUUAUAUGACUGAAUAUGUUGCCACGCGAUGGUACCGUGCGCCCGAGAUUAUGUUAAGCUUCCAGAGUUAUACCAAAGCUAUUGACGUUUGGUCCGUGGGGUGUAUUCUCGCCGAACUCCUUGGUGGACGACCCUUUUUUAAGGGACGCGACUACGUCGAUCAGCUCAACCAGAUCCUCCACAUCCUUGGAACACCUAACGAAGAGACCCUGCUGCGCAUUGGUUCCUCUCGCGCCCAGGAAUAUGUCCGAAACUUGCCGUACAUGGCUAAGAAGCCUUUCCCAACCCUAUUUCCCAAUGCUAACCCCGAUGCGCUGGACCUCCUUGAUCGCAUGCUAGCGUUCGAUCCAUCUUCACGUAUUAGCGUCGAACAGGCCUUGGAGCAUCCCUAUCUCCACAUCUGGCAUGACGCCUCUGACGAGCCAGACUGCCCCACCACCUUCAACUUCGACUUCGAGGUUGUUGACGAUGUAGGUCACAUGCGCGAAAUGAUCAAGGACGAGGUGUUCCGAUUCCGACAACUAGUGCGCACCGCACCAGGAAGCGUCGGGCCGGCCGGUGGACCGCAGGCGGCGGCUGGUCAAGUGCCGAUGCCCAGUGGUGGAAAUUCGCAAUGGAGCGCCGAAGAUCCUCGACCCCAAGAAUACACAAACCAGAUGGGGUUAGAAGGGGAACUGCAGGGUGGCCUCGACGCUAGCGUUAGAAGAUAGAAUCUCUUCUCCCAGCGUCCUUGGGCGGGGGGAGGCAUCGAUGCCUCCAGAACGAAGGAGAGGUGCCAGAGUUUCCCAAGGCGAUUUAGCCGCUACAAUCAAAAAAUUAGAAGUAAAGAGUAUCUACA